AACACCUUCUGGAAGGCCCCAAUACUGACACAAACCACUACACCAAAGAGGAAGAGAAGUAACAUCUGUGUGAGAGUGUGUGUUUUUUGAACUUCAUGAAACACUUCACAAUGCAACAGCACAGUUUAUUCUAAAACCUGCAAAAAAGAGGGUUAGAACCUGCACAAACUACAACACAAACACUGCUCCACUAACCGGACUGUCUCUUUCUUUUUCUGGAUUUAGGGUCCAACCAGAGUCCAACCCUUACUGCUAGAGGAAGCCACGAAAAUAAGAUUCAACAAAGUGACUGGUGCAAGACCUUCAGCGCACUGAGCCAUCAAGUCUCAUUACUGAUUUAGUGGAUUUUAUCUUUAGGCGCACACCUCCACCUGUACACAGCGACAUUAAGUCUUAAAAAAAAAAAAUCAAUCACACAGCAGAAACUCUUAACACACUUCUCACUCACCUGAGCCUGGCUUCAAACCCUGUUCUUUUUACUGACCCAGGUACAGACUUUACCCACUGACCCACCAGUCCAGACGAUUUACAUUUCAGUUUACACCACCUACUGCUGCAGUUAAUACAAGGAGACAUCACAAACCAAAUCUGACAGAAGCCUUGAACUAACUAACACGCGCUCCCUCUCUCUCUAUAUAUAUAUAUAUACACACACAGAAAAUGACGUGAGGCGGGAGGGUAGUGAAAUUCACUGCUGCUAAAUAAAACCUGUCCAAAAGUACCUAGAAAAUAGAAGUUAGGGGGUGUGUGGUGUUACAUGUGUUCUCUCUUCACUACCAGCUUCUCAUCUCACAAAAAUGUGACGUGUAUUCAUGCACUCCACUCAGUGUGUUCAAGUUCGGGUUCUGUGGGGGAGGUGAGUGACAGCUUUAGGAGCAUGACUUGUUUGACAAAGUAACUGAAAAAGAAACGACUUUGCAAUUGGUAAGUAAGUUUGGAAGAAUUGUUUAGGGGGUGUAUGCUCUCUGAAAUAUGUGAGUAUAUACACAUGUACGUUUCUCUUUUUCUAUGAGGGACAAUAAACAAACAAUGUGUCAAAUGAUUAUAUCCCAAAAAUGUACUGUGUUGUGUUUUUGACUGUUUUCUGCCUGGGUCUACUCAUAAUUCCUCUUCAGGGUUAUCAGGUCUUGGACACAGUAACUUUAUCUUGCCUUCUUUAUAGGCGUUGGCUCGCCAGCUUAAGCCUAACGUCACAGUUUUGCAGUCCUCAGUGUAGGUUUCGUUUCAGUGUAACAGCUCCACCUCUCAGCUGAUCCUAUUAUUGGCCUCACUAGCGUCUGACUACAGUGUGGAUACGAUGGUCUCUCCAAUAAUGAUAACAGCUGCAGUCGGAGCAGCCUGCUCCGUGGUGUUAGCUCCCGUUGUGAUUUCGGCUGCUGGUUUCACCACCGGUGGCAUCGCUGCAGGAUCCGUCGCAUCAUCAAUGAUGUCAUCAGCAGCCAUCGCUAACGGCGGUGGUGUGGCAUCGGGAAGUAUGGUCGCCAUCUUGCAGUCUUUUGGUGCGGCCGGCCUGACUAAGGCUGCCACAGCUGCAGUGGUGUCUGCAGGAGCAACAGUCGGUGGAGUGGCCGGGUGGGUGGGCAAGAUGCUCAUUCGCUGAAAACACACACACACACACACACACACACACACACACACACACACACACACACACACAAAAAAAAAAAAAACACUUGGGAAAACAUUAUAUGCUUUCUUGUGGCUUAAAUAAACUUCAAUCAGCCAUCUUA